GGUUCAUUGAUCACAUGGGUAUACAGGGUACCAGGGAUACGUGUGGCAGACGACGUUUGCGAGUAGCGAUUCCCGUCAAAAAUCUUAUUACAAAACGACCGGAAAAUGAUACCGUUCAACGUUUUAUCGUGUUACUGGAUGUUUUGCAUCGUAGUAUUUUGUUCGAUGUUUAUAAUCCAAUAUGUGCCUCAAAUGCCCAGUUUCUUGUGGAACCUCAUUUCUUACGGCAAAGUGAGAAACCUACAGAAGGCAACAGAACCGAGAAAGCCAAGUUCGCUGGAUAAAUGGCUCGACGUUCCUAAACAGUGGUUCACUCAUUUCUAUGCGGUGUCGGCAGUCUGCAACGGUUUCUUGUUUUUCAAAUUGCUGCAAGUUCUGUUCUUCAAUGGCCAGAUGCCGGGAUGGUACAUGGACCAACUUCGAUUCCUCACUGACUAUCCAUUGCAGAUUCCUAAUGCAUCCCAUCUGUCAGUGGUCAUCACCAUCGCCUUGCUGUUCAUCCAAGGGACGAGGCGAUUGUAUGAGUGCCUGUUUGUCAGUUCGUACUCCAAGUCCACCAUGCACGUCGCCCAUUACAUACUGGGCAUCUUGCUGUACUCCUUGAUUGGCAUGACCAUUUUUGCUGAAGGACCUGAUCUCCAACAACCAGCUCCCUUUGAUAAUGUAUGGCAGUUGGGAGAGCAGCUACAGUGGUUUAAUGUGGUGGGAGUCGGCAUGUUUUUCUGGGCGACUUAUCACCACCAUGUCGCCCACAAAAUAUUUGCAGGUCUACGCAAGGGAGACAAAGAUCGCAGCCACAAGAUCCCACGCGGUGACUGGUUUGAGCUAGUGUCUUGCCCCCACUACCUGGCCGAGAUUCUCGUCUACGUCGCCAUCGUGACUACCCUGGGUUUCGGGCACACCAUGAGCUACCUCCUGUUCGGUUUCACCGCCUCCAAUCAGCUCUUUGCCGGCUACUCGGUCCACCUCUGGUACCGAGACAACUUCCCCAACUACCCCAAAGGUAGAAAGGCGGUCAUCCCGUGGCUCAUUUGAAAACCUACUCCAGCACUUGUCAAACAGCACUUUGUAAUAACACCAAUCAAACUCAUAAGAAGAAUAUUCAAGCCUGUUUUAAAUUCAGCUCAGUGGAUACAUGUAUUACCCUUUUUGAGAAAUCAGUGCAAAACCAUGCACAGGCUUUUUGAUCACAAAACACACUUUUGUCCAUAAAUCAGUCAAUUCGGGCAAUUCACAAUGCAGUGCGCCACCAAGAGUUUGCCAUGGAGAGUCAAUUUUUCAAGUUUACGGUCGACAAAACACGGCCCAUUUGAAUG